UUUAGAAGGCGAUGGCAAAUACUAGCAGCCCAGACCGUGUUUGCGGGCGGCUUGUUCCUCAUGGCGGUGUUCGCGGCGAAGCCUGUGUUCCUCACGCCGCUUCAGGACGCGCCCCAUGCGACGCUGACGACCGGCGAUAUUAUGACGACGCUCAGUGCCGGCACACAGCCUGUGUUCCUCACGCCGCUGCAGGACGCGCCCCACGCCACGCUGACGUCCAACGAUAUUAUGAACACACUCAGUGCCGGCACACAGCUUGGCUAUGCACCCGACACGGACCCCUACAAAGCUAUCAUGGCGAAAGUGGCUGAGAAACUUAAUAAAAUGUACCUAUCCUAUACAAGUUUGAAAGGAAAAACUGUUUUGAUUUCAGAGUUUUUGACUGGUUCCACUGAACAAGAACUGAAUGAAAAAUUGUAUGAAAAGUCCAAAGGACAGGUGUUGAAACAUCACAUUAUUUGGAUCGUGUGGAAAGAAAAGGAGAACAAUACUUGGAAGUUCAGCAUUCGAUCCACAGAACUAGCCCACUUGGCUAAAGGGAACUCUACAGUGACAAGAACUCUUCCGCACAACAGACACCUCCUGAGUGGCUUUUUGGCAGUCCAGCUGGCGGUUUCUGAAGAGAUUUUGGCUGCGGAAAGCAAAGAAGGACGGAGGCACAAGAUAAAACUGCAAGCGAUGCCAAUAUCCCCUCUAAUGCGCAAGGAGGCGGUGCGACAGGCCAUGGUCUGGGUCCUUCUGUGCUUCACGGUGGCCUUCAUACCACCCGUCAUGGAGGUCUCGGAGCUGGUGGUCCAUGAGACCUCCAAGGAAUAUAAACGCGCCUUGUGCAUGCGUAACGUAGGCGCCGCGUGCGUCUACCUCGGCUGGCUGUCGUACCUCCACAUGACGUGCCUGCCCAUCCUCAUCCUCGCCACGCUGACGCUCAUACUCAUCUUCAGAUGGGUAUGGAUAUUCACCGCCUUCCUCUUCGUGGCUAUCUAUAUCACUGUGAUGGCUAUGACGGCGUUCAUCAUGUGUAUGUUUCAGAAUAAAUCCCACAUCGCCGCGAUCUGGUCCGCACUAUUCACGGUCCUGCAGCUGUUCCUGGCGGACCUGCUGGUCCACCAUGGUUUUGACGGCACCACCAGCUUCACCGUGGUGCUGCACAUACUGCUGCCGCCGCUGGGUCUAGUGCAUGGCUUCCAUCGCUUCGCCCUCCUGCAAACUGGACGUGAAGGCCUACAACACACCAAAGUAUACGAGAACGAUACUCUGAUCAUCUGGAUCAUCAUGAUCCUCGCGUAUUUCGGGGUGCUGAUGCUGCUGCAGCGCACGAUCGGGCAUGACCGCGCAGUAGGCGGCCAGGUGUCCUGGAGGUCCAUCAUCUUCAAGCAGGCUGAGGAUAAGAAUAAACUACGCGCCAUUAAGAACCCCCUUGGCAAUGAGCGGGACGCGCUUCAAGAAGUCGAUGAGCUGGUCGCCAAAGCUAUCUCUUUCCAUAACGUGACUAAGAGUGUUAUGGGCAUUGGGAUACUUCGGAGAGUCACUCUAGACGUGUACCGAGGCGAAUACACGCUGUUUUUCGCCGAAAAGAUUCAAGAACGUAUGCUGCUUAGGAUUGAGGAUCUAAUUACUGGUUUAACCCUACCGGAUGACGGUUCGGUGAACAUGUUGGGGAACGAUAUGGCUGCCCUUACAAAGGCGGACAAGCGCGUGGCGGCUAUGCAAGGCAUGCUGGGGUACUGCCAUCGCCUGGGUUUCCUUGUGGCUGAGCUGAGCGUGCAAGAAACUUUGCAGUUCUUUAUUCAGGUAUUAGCUCUAUGCCUCUGGGACCAAAGCGACGAAGAAAUCGAAGGUUACACUCUUAUCCACACUCCAAGAUUGUACAAAGAAUGCGACUUGCAAGAGGUUCGGGACGUGUAUGUGCGGAAUCUAGGGACCUACUACAAGGCGCAGCUGUGCUGGGCCAUCGCCAUGAUACUGGAACCACGCAUCGUAUUUAUACAAUCUUUUAUUGAUGGUGCAAAAUACAUCUCGGUGAUCAAUGACAAAAUAGUGAAAUACAGAACGCACCUGACGAUAGUAAAGAUCUCGUUCACGACAUCAGUGCUGGAGCAUGCGGAUCGUGUGUUCCUGUUUGACCGUAAAGUCCUCGUGUUCGGCGGCUCCCCGGCUUACAUGUUCUUUAAAUAUGGCCGAGAAUACAGAGUGCGUAUGACUUUUCGGGUCCGUGGAAGUCUCGACAACGAGAAAGUGGAAGAAUUGGUCGACCGAGCCAUUGAAAUGGGCGGACAGGUUCGCGCAUACGUAGGCACGCUUCUCAUACUGCGGCUGCCGACCAGCCCCACAGAUGCGACCGCAGAAUUCAUCAAAGAAAUCACUGAGAAGGCCAACUAUUAUGGAAUCACUUCGCUAAACAUCAGCCUGCCGGAUAGCGAGGAGAUUCAUAAAAGGGCUAUAAAUGAUUCAAGAAGGCAAAUUAUUAGUUAUACUGGUGAUGGUGGUUACACUAGCGCCGCUGAGCAAGCCCUAAGAGAAUUAACAAAACCGAAACUGUGGAAACGUAAGAAAUCCCCGUGCCUGACUAUAACCCUGCUAAAACAGACUCUGUGGAAAUACGUCUCUUUCUACAUACAUUAUAGAUUGUUUAUUAUCAUCACGAUACUAUCAGCAAUAGUGACAGGCGCCAUAAUCGGCGUGUUCCUCUCAUACCAACUGAACGAGAUGGAAACUAUUAUAUCCUCGUCUCGUUUGCUCGGUGAGAAGAUGACCGUAGAGACCUUGGAGCAAAGCACUACGCUUGUGCUUAAGGUGUACUACACGGAUGAUGCCAUCUCUCUCGCAACCGGGUUAGUUUAUAAGCGUCUAGGUCUGACCUAUGUCUUGUCCACUACCGGCGCUAGACCUGCGGAGACGCAAAACAUGUAUUACACCGCCUUACCGUAUACUGAGAGUUUGACAGAGUACCUGAUGCUGCGAGCUAUCGACUCCCCUCAGCACUAUGUUUACGCCUACGCGUACGGCAUGCACGUGAAGGACGAACGGGAAAUCCUAGAUAUCCACGUGUUAUACAGCCCGAUUCAUCACGACACCGCUGCAGCGGCGCGGUCCUUGGCCCGAGUGUACAUGGCCCUCUUGCGACAUUACACCAAGAAUCUUGAUGCGGAUAUUGAGGUUACAGAUGACCCGCUCGUGCUGGACUCUUCUCCGUCCCAGAAGAAAACAAAAGUCCCACCGCUCGUCAUACACUUCAUGUUGAUCAUAACCAUCGCACACAUAACCUUGCUGCCUACCAUGGAGCAUGGUCUUAUAAGGCACAUGCAGGUGCACGCAAUGAAUUUCUCCCCAGCUCGCUACUGGUUCUCUCUGUUCUGCUGCGACAUCACCCUCUAUUGGACCCUGGUGUUCAUCAUCACGACGGUUCUGUUCUGCGUCAUGUACUGGGUGGCGCCGGUGCAUUUCAUGCACAGGGAUUUGAUCGUGAUCCCAUUCAUGCUCAUAAUGUAUGGCUUUAGUUGCGUGCCGCAAGCAUACCUCUUCAGUUUGGGACCCAGUGGAGCUUUAAAUUCUAUGUCCUUCGUCAUAUUCAACAUCAUAUUCGGUGAAGCCUCAGUAAUAAGCCAGUUUAUACAAGGCGACGCGUUCACCUACGCCGAGAGGGCGCUCAGCCUCUCCCCGCAGUAUAACGUGGCCAACGCUUUCGUUCAGAUUACCAAGAUCUUUGUCUACAACAGCGAGUGCGUCAUCUUUAAUAACAAGAAGCUCUGCAAAUCGAAUGUACUGCAUAAAUGUUGCAAAAAGUGUGGAAUAAUGCAAGGCUGUUUCGAGCGCAUAUCCUAUCUGUCAAAAGCCGGCAUCCUCGACGAGAUUCUCUGGACCGUCUACCACUCCAUCAUCUUCAGCAGUCUCCUCAUCAUCUGGGAGUACAAGGUGCUCCAGCGGUUAUGGUACUGCGCUCGGGAACGCUGGUUUUCUCGGGAAGAACCUCCUAUAAUGAUGGAGGCGUCGGGAGGUUCGCAGGAGCGGUGGGACGUCGACGCGAAAAGUAGGCAGAUGAAGCAAAAAAGAAUUAGAAGGGAUAUAAAAACAGACACAUUCGGUGAAAACCUCUUAGUGAACAAUCUAUCAAAGAGAGUCGACGGAGCUUAUAAACUCUCCCGCAUAUCCUUCGGGAUUGGGAAGGGCGAGGCUCUGUCCCUCGUGGGGCAGUCUAUGGGAGGUCGGCUGGAGCUCUGUGAAAUAUUAGCUGGGUUUAAGAUGCCGAGUUCUGGGUCGAUCAGUGCUAUGUCGAGGUGGUCUCUCACGACCGAUCCACAUAUGUAUUCUCGCAACGUCGCGUUCAGCUGCUUCGAGUACUGCCCCAUGCCUCCGUGGAUGACGGUGUAUGAUUCCUUGUGGAUGAUGGCGGUGUUGCGCGGAAUCCCGCGGCAUUACGUCCACGAGGAAGUCUCCAAUCUCCUUGAUGCUUUAGAACUCGAUGAGGUGUCAAACGUGAACGUAUUCCGCCUGCACCAAAAUGAGAAGACGCGGCUAAACUUCGCCGUGGCCGUGAUCGGAGCGCCGCCUGUUCUCAUCCUGGACGAGUUCACGGCGUACCAGCAGUACUCCGUCGACCGCGCCAUGGUCUACAUACUCUACCAUCUGAGGAAGCAGGGACAGGCGCUACUAGUUAGUUCAGCUAGCAUCGAGAACCACAUGGCGGUGACGAACCGUCUAGGGAUCCUGAUCAACGGGCAGCUAGUCGACGUGGACCACAUAGACGCCCUGGUGGCGCGCUACAGCUCCAAAGGGUACACGGUGGUGGUACAUCUGAAGGACGAGGUCGAUAUACAAGCCAUAUUUAGUCGGCAUUUCGAGAGUUUCAGCGUCAACGAUGUGUCUGGUGUUUUAGCAAACGUGCAAGUGAAAGACUCACUAAACUACGCCGAGAUAUUCAGUAAAAUGGAGGAGUUGGUACAAGCAAACCAGACGGUAUAUUCCUACGUCAUCACAGUCACUGCCAUGGACUACGUUUACAACGACAUAUCAGAAGGCUAUAAGAUCCACAUCGAUCCUGACGAGUACUUUUGGCCUUGUCUAAAGCUCUUAGCAAGGAAGAAGAAGAAAGUACAUUUACAGAAGUUAUUGGAAUUGGAGAAGUUCCGGAAGAAGUAUGAUAUUACUUCGUUGAAGGGCUUGCCGUGGUCUGUGAUCUUUCGGAGAUAAUUCUAGAGCUUAUCUUUCAGUAGUGGCCUAAC